AUGAGACCCCUUUCGGAGAGCCUUGCAACACAUCGCCAGCCGAGCCCCAGCGUACAGGCGACCAGCACGGGUACGAGCAGAAAACGCAAGUACGGCUCUCUGCACUCAUCGAGCACAUCCGGCGCUAAGCGUUUUCGCAGCUUCGUCGAGUCUUCAUCGUCAAAAUCGACGUCGUCAUCAACAUCGUUGCUCCAUCGCAGAGCUCGUGGAGGCAACGAUGUGGAUGAGUCAGCGCUUUUGCUGGAUGCUCACCUCCCGACGUCUGUACGAAGGGCAAAUGCAAGGACAGCAGCACAGAUGCAGUCGAUACCUCUCAGGAGUGACACCGGCGCGCCCGUGUUCUUCUCACCUGUCUCGUCCGCUCCCAGAUCGCCAGCGGUAGCUUCUGCAGAAGCGUCACCAACUGCCGUGUCUUCUCGCCUCUCCUCAGCGACAUUCUCGCCGUUAGUCCUCUCCCCAUGGCCUGAGGCACCGUCUUUGCAUUCCUCCGCGACAACAGCUUGGCUCAGUUCGCCAACAAAGCAGCAACAACAAGAGCCACUGAGGAGUGCCUUCAGAUCGGAUUCAGGCGCAGUAGCAGCGGGAGACACAUCAAUCCAUUGUACUAGCGCCAAUGAUAGCAGUGCGCAGCGGCCGCUCUUGCGAACAGGCUCACCCUCAUCAGCAGCAUCCUCGUGCUUUUCAACAGUUAGCUUCGCACCUGAGCCGCUAGGCAUGCGUACUGCAGUGGAAGCUGGUGCAAGCGCAACAGCAACAGCCAGAGCGUUAAGGAGCAACGGCCAACACCAUCGGGAGCAGGCCAUGCUGCUCCGUCCCGUCACGCCGCCUUUACCAGCAAGCAGCGAUGACGACGACUCCGGCAGUGGCGGCGAAGGCGAGGGCGAUGCCGGUGGAAGCAUGAGCAAGAGCAGACGGCGGGCCGCGCACGUCGCACAGCUUGCUUCGGCGCGCAAAACGCGCUCGGCGCUCAGUAAGAAGCCGACUGCUCUCGCGUACGAGAAGACAGCGAGGGUUUUAAACGAUGAGGACGUAUCACCCAGCAACAACGCGCCCAGGUCCGCCAGAGAACGCGAAGGCGAUGGCGACGAGGACGAGGAUGACGGAAGCAACGACAGUGCUAGCGACGAUGAGCAGCCCAAACGCGACACGCUGCGCAUACCCCUCAAGCGCUGCUCGCCCGCGUCGCUGAAGCGACUCAAGGUAGCGUCCGACUCGCUGCUCGAGUUCGAGCGCAAUGGCGACAGCUCGUCUUCGCACCACGCAAAGCGCGCGCCGUUUCGCAACGAUGAAGCUGAUGAGUCGCCGAGCGCGGUGCGGUAUGCACAUGGCCGGCGUAGCUGUGAGCCUUCGACUGCGGCAGCUGCAGCCAAAGCGAAAGCAACGAUGAAGUUUCUAUGCAAGGCAUAAGCGUGAGGAACGGAGCCCUUGUCCGCCUGAGCGGCUGCCGAAUUUUAAUCAGCUUCAAGGGGAGGAGGAUGGAGUGG